CGACAACUGUAGUUGAUGCCUCAUCAAAUUCAAUUAUCGUUGUCAGUAAGUAGAACUCGCUGCCGUUCAGUAUCGAUCGCGUCCGUUUCAUCUUCUUGUUUCAUCAACACACAGAAGAGCUGAUAAAAACUAUUUUUAUGCUGGCGAGGACUCUAGCGUCAUGAGUGGCCCUAUUUAUACUAGUUGGUAGUUCAUCCCGGCGCAGCUCAUACUAUUUUAUCAAUGCGGUCGGAGGACAACGCCUACACAAAUUGCAAUUAGUUCCCCGUAAGAUUGUAACGUUGGGUCUGACUUAGCUGAGCUCCUGUGCAUCACUAAUGAUAGUAGGUACUAUGUACAAAAAAUGUUGGAAGAUGAACAGCGUGUAAUCUUGAAGAGAACUAGAAGAGUGAAGACUGGCAGUCUUUUCCUGUGCUUUUCAAAGGCGCAGGACUAGGCAGAAGUCCAUGUUUUAGCAGCGUUGUAGUUCUUGUAUCCGCCGAUGCCGAAGAUGCAGUUCCUUUCAAUUUGCCACGUCGCGGAAUCUGUCUGAAGGUCGCCAAAUUGGGAGAUGAAGUGGCAUGAUUCGCUUUACUUAUCUUCCUUCACACUAGAGUUUGAUAAACAUUUUGCUUUUAGGCAACAACAUAACUACAGAAAAAAGUAUCCAUUGAUGCAAUUAGCAGGAGUUCUCCUCCGGAGUGGGAUAGUCUAGCGUAGCCGUCGAACAAGAAGCAGAAAAACAGUUGUAAAGGAAAAGCCAAUUAUUUUAGGUCGUUUGUAGUGCGGGCAAGAACUCGCUCAGCGCCGCAAAGAGCUGGUGAAAUCAUGAGACUACGACACAAAAUAAAUGCUCAAGUUGACAUCAAAAUUUCUAUGAUGCAUAGGACCACAAGGAAGUACUACCAGAGAAAAGAAAGCAAAGUGGCAAACAGCUCGACUGAAUCGAAGUUGUCCGAGAUGAAGUUGUUCGUAGAAAAGAAGUAAACCAAAAACUAUGCCGUCCGCGUCGAGCAGUAGCAGCUCCGCGGGGGGAGCUGCGGGGAGCAAAAACGGCAAAAGGGAAAAUAAGGGUCCUGGGGCAGCAGGUGCUCCUGGUGCCUCUUCCAGCUCGGCCUCGGCGUCCUCAUCAACGGCGAAUAACAAUAAAAAUGCAGCACCAGCAGCGGCAGCCCCUCCCGCGAGCAAGAAGGCCAUGCUUCCCCCAUCGUUCAAGCCGGUCAAAACGGAGAAGAAGGAGGAGGUGCUUGCGGUCACGAAUAAACGUGGGCGGAUAAUUAUGGAAGAAAAAAAACUGUGCAAGUCGAAGUGUAAUAAUCUGUAAAAAUGUAAAGCAGGCAGCACAGUUAUUCUAUACACUUGUCAUGCUUGUGGCCAUUCGUCGUGAGGUCUUAACUUAUUGCAUUAUUAAUAUUUCUAAGAGCGAGGUAACAAAUGACCCGUUAACUCGCACCCGCGAGUUAGCCGUCCGCCCGGCCGGCCGGGCGGUUAACUCGCGGUUAGAAAUGUAGACAAAUCGAAAGGUAGCACAAAUUUGAAUCGAAGUGCUCGCCAAUCCUAAUUUGUCUACACUUCUAACCGCGAGUUAACCGUCCGGCCGGCCGGGCGGACGGCUAACUCGCGGGUGCGAGUUAACGGGUCACUUGUUACCUCGCUCUAAAUGUGUUCUUUAUAUCAUGUCUUUUUCCCGUACGUAGUAAGUACCAGCUGUGCAUGACAUGAUGCUUUCUGUGUCAACAUUCUGAACAGAUUUGCAGCCUCCCAUGCUACACUGACACAGAUUUUUUCUGGGAUAACCAUCGAAGUGAACGAGAAGCACGAGGGUGAAACCGUUGUGAUGUCUGGGAAGCGAAGCGCUGUCGUGACGCAGGAUACUCAGCAGGGCGAGCCGUUGACGAAGGGCACGGGGCUGCUGGGCAACUCUUCGCGGCCCGGGGAAGAAACCGACGCGGACGGGAAAAAGAAGCGAAAGCCGAAGGACGCGCUGAAGGCCCUAAGGAUGGCCCACGAAAGAAGAAGGAAGAAGUUUAUCCUAUCCUAAUGUGCAUCAAAAGUGUAGAUCGUGUUCUUACUUGUAAUAGUUCUUCCAUACAUUUUUAUAAAGAAGAUGCAGAUGAUGUGGUCUAUGCUGCAUCUCUCUGAUUUCCCACCUAGUGCCUGAUUUGGCACGUACAAAGUCCAUAUGAUCGCACACUGCAUGCAAUCGUUACUAUUCUAGUUGCACAGCAAUCAGAACGCUUUUGCAAUGCAUACAUCCCGGACAGUGAUGACAGCGACAUCGACGAUGAGAAUUAUCGCAGGAAAAAGCGCUUCACUUCAAGAUUGUGAUGCAGAGGAUGGAGCAGAGAAAGGAGUGCUUGUCUUCUUGAUGAUCUUGCUAGAAACCAACGUAACUAAGACAUUGCAUUUGUUUGAUCGUGGAAGCGCGCAUGGCACCAGUUUUUCUCUGUCAUGCGGGAUAGACUUGCCUGCAUGGCAUGCACAUCAUCCUGCAAAGUAGGCAACAACAACAUCACGUGAAGUAAAAGCUCUCUUUUCGUUCUAUAAGAACGCCCCGGUAUUUGACGCCGCGCACUCCGCACUGCUCACCCCGGUCAAGGAUGUGGCAAAAACGUGGCAAGUCGACAUCCAGAAAGAGCUCAGCGGGUACGAUUUUAUUUUUCUUUGUGGGAGCUGUGCAUGAAAAUGUUUGAACAUGCUUCGGCUUUUCUCUGUUCGGAACAUGCAGUCUUGUACGUAGUGGUCGCAUCGAGAAAAUAGAUAAAUUCUUCAAAAGGGACACUUUAUUCAUUGUUUCUUGAUAGCCCUAGCUCUUCGGAAAGCGACAGGCGCUUCUACGUCUGCAGGAGCAGCUGCAGCAGAUACAUAUUUUAUAUUCAAGAUAACUACUACUGCAACUGAAACUGAUACUGAAGGUACUUUCACCUACUGCGCAAGCUGAAGUUUGGCGGUAAAGAAUUCAACAUGAAUUUUGCAGAAGCCGCUCUUCUUGUGCAAAACUUAAGCAAACAAAGAAAAUAAAAGAAAUGAAACGCGGCGCGUCGUCAACGUUGCAACGGCUAGUCGCACUGCUUUUGCUUCAUAUUUUUUUUUUUUUAAUGUAGUACUUGGCGUCAUGACCGACAGUCAACUCCGACAGCCUCCAUAAGAGCUUGAAUGAAUGUGGAACGCUUGCACCAUGAUGAAGUUCUUGCGCAGAAGACGCUUGAACAAGAGAGGGCUGCAUGCCAAGCCCUUGCGCCAUUGUCACGUUGAGUAGACUCACUCUCUAUUGAGUUCUUGUGCGUGCCUCUUCUAGGGUUAGGGUAUUUAUAGUACCACGAAAAGUAUGUUGCUUUACCGACGGCGACGAUCUCCGCCCAGCGUCAGACGGCGCGCGGCCGGCGCGUAUUUUCUGUAUUUUCGUUUCAUACAAAACCACCUCCCUGUACCUCAAGAAGAUGGACCAGCUGCACGUAUCCAAUGUAAAAACGUCCCCACCCCAUAGUCAAGAUGGGAAAUCGGCUAGACAAGUGCGCAGGUUUUGGCUGUUUUGCAUGACAAAUCUGGGCUCGGAGUGCAGUGCUGUUUGACGUAGUUCAGCAGCAUCACAGAUCUCGUAUAACAUGCCGACUGGCGCAUUACAAAUUCCAAAACACGACUAGAGAAUGCUUCUCAUGGGGCUCCGCAUGGCAAACAUUUUGAGCAUGCAGAUUUGCAUGACAGCUCUGGGAUGGGGACGCUUUUGCACAGGAUAGCACGAGAAAGUGAUGAAGCAACUGGAACUGCUUUGGUCGAAGGGUGACGCGGAAAAGAAAAAGAAGAAAUCGCGGUACCGCAAAGCCUAACCAAUGCAAAAGACGUGUCGUAGUCGUACUAACUGAAGAAUGAAUAGCAUGCAUGAUGAGAAAUCGUGUUCCUUUUUUUAGCCAGAUCAGUAUGACAAAUUCUUGGUUGAGAAAAUUUGUCAUGCAAUUUGUAUGUACUAGUGCCUGCGAUAUAAGUUUUGCAAUGCAUAAGGCCCAAGCGCUGAGCGACAGCUUUCAGUGCGAGUUCCUUUGUGACAUCACACCCUUAUGAGAGUGCACCUUCCCGCCCCUUCGACCCUAGAGAAAUGCUCAUGCAAAAUACAAAAUCUAUAUUCAGUUUGCGCCAUUCAUUCUCAUCUUUCAUGACAAGCGCACGGCUCCAGUUGUCCCACUGCGUCUAUUUCUAUUCGGCGCAUGAACUUGUUACGCACGGUCUCCACGUUGCUUGCUGGUGUUUACUGUAUUGCUUUUGCUUGAUGUCAAGUCUCAGUCAUACAACAAAUGAGCGGGCGAUGGAGUCAGUUGUGCGCUCUCAUAUCGUUUCGUAAAAACCACGGUGCGGGUAACAUACGCAUUUGAAAAAAAUGAUGAUUUUAUAUCGUACAACUGGCACAAGGGAUACGUAUACGAAUGCGAGGAACUUCAUUUUCGAACUGGAAAAACAGAAGUAUGCUGGUGCUGACGAGGCAGUUUUUUGAUUUUGUUUUAAGUAGUAAUUUUUGUAUAAUUUUCAUCAUGCAGCAGCACCGCAAGCAUAAUAAGUACGUAGGUGUAGUACUACUACUAUUGCCAAUGCCAUUGCGAUAUAUUAAAAAAAGACUUUUGGAAGUGAUACGAACCUGACGGACGAGGAGCUUGAGGCGCAGGCAAUAAAAGAAACGGUUCUGCGGCGAGUCCCACUCUGGCUCAUGCCCCGCGAGGAGGGGGAUCGAAAGCGAAAGGAGUUUAAGGUUAGUGGGGAAUUCGAAUUAUUACGACACAAGCAGAUCGUCAUCAUUCAUCAAUUAUGUUCUACGAUGUGAAUUAUGGCACCGAAAGCAGGAGAUGAGCAGAUCGAAAUCUUCACUUUUUACAUGACGGACCUGGGGGCAGAAGCUGUUGCAGAAGGUCACGUGACAGCAUUGGAUUAACAUCAUUUUCAUGUGUACUUAAGUACUACUUCACGUUCACUUUACAACUUGAACUCUAUCAGAUUCAAGGGUGCACCGUGCACCGUGGCGGAACGUACCUUCUUCUGGAGCAGGACUUGAGGCAUUGUGACCUGGAGGGUGAUGACAUGGAGAUUGACAUUUACCCCCAGAAUAUCCAACAAAAAAACUGUUUCACUGUGAUGAUCUUGCAAGAUCUGCAUCACAAGUUUGUAACACAUGACACAGAAAAUUUUCCAUGCGCGCUUUCCCAGGGAAGACACGGUAGAAGAACCAACAUGAACAUCUUGCAGGUGUAGCAAGACAUCAAAUCGUUCUGUGCUCCAACAUUCUCUGCCUCACAAGUUCACGACAGCGAAACAGCUUUUUCUUGCGAUGCAAAACAUGCCGCCGCCACCAGACCACCUGCAAAACGUGCGCGACCAGAUGGAACUCGAGCAACAGCUGGAUGAGAGGUAUGAACUUGACUUAGCUCAUCUGAAUGAGACAGUUCUGCAUAUUACUGAAAUUGUACUCGUCACAUUUGGAAGAUUUGCGAUUUAGUUUUCAACUGGUGAGGACACAUCGUCCCCACCACUGAAAAUAUUCAAACGAAAAUUUUUGUCGUCCUUGUGCAACUACGCGACCACCAAAAUUUGUAAAUUUGUACGUGGUCCAAAACCAAGACACAAACAUUUUCGACACAACCAGCGGUGUGGGUUUCGACGACUUUGAUGUGAACGUUUCCGGCACACCUCCGAUGCAGGAAAACAAGAGCAAAAUCGACCCCCUGUCGGGCGCAAAGACGCCGGGCGGGAAGACGCCUGCGAAAACUCCCGGUGCGCAAACACCCGGCGACAAGCUGAACCAAUCCGGUUUCGGUGGGACACAGGGUUUCGACGGCGGCGGCGGAGCCGGACCGAGCCAAGGCGGCGCGGCAGGCGGUGGGAUAGGAGGAGGGCUACCCGGUGGCGUAGCGCCGGGCAUGGCGGGAGGCGCGGGGCAGGGUAUUGUUGAGAAUAAAAUUGGUUCCUGCUGCCCGACGACCAUGCGAUAGAGUUUCAUGCAUUGCUGCGUCGCGCUAUUCGUUUGCGGUUUUUUACAUCGGUGAUUUUGUUUUUCUGAUUCUAUUACGAUACGUAAGUACCAAACUAUUUCUGCAGCUACGUAGUUAUUUGUUGUACUAGUAGUACCACGUAGUACCUUCUUUUGCGCGACUUGAUGUCUUCAUCACCAGGUGGGUCUGCUGUGUGCUCUUGUUGUCACGAGGAAGUGGAACCCAGGAGGGGUUUGCAACCUCCAGGGGUUCUGCUUGCCUGUGCAAACCGAUCACGCGCAGCACUUCUACGAGAAGUAAGUAGAUGAAGCUGCAAGAAGCCUUCUUGGCAAAGUAGAGUAAGCAACCCCUAUCGUCCCAUAUCAUGAUUUUAUCGCAGGUGCAUUUCCAAGCCAGUCACAGGGCAUGAAUAUGCAGCCGGGGCAGACGCAGCUGCCGCCAUUCUUCGUCCCGCCACGAGAGCGCCCGGAGGACAUGAGUACGUCGACGUACUGGCACUUCAUGGACCCCUAUGCGGGGGUUCCGGGGGGCGAGUCCCACACCCAGUACCUCGACGGCUCGAAUUCCCACUGGAAAGACCUGCCAACGGAUUACAUCCUCUGUCCGGACCCGAUGCGGGCGCACAUAUGCAUUGCAAAAAUAUCGUUAUCGCACUCGUCUAAAUAAUUGCAACUACAGCACGUCUCGUGCAUGAUUUUUACAGGUUAGUUUUCUUGGCUGAAUCUGCACUACAAAUUUCAUUUUUGUUCUGGUGAAAAUUUGUAAGGCCAUUGAUAUUUAGUGCGAUGAAAAUUUGAAUUUUGCACUGCAUAGCACUUGAAAAUUAACAACCGCCUGGAAGAAGCGGAUCGGUGGGAAAACAUCUUUGACCUGGACGUCCUGAUGAAUCGCGAAGACCGACCAGCUAUGCAGUGCAAAUAUGCCGCGGUCCGGAUUUGCAUUUGUCAUGCGGGGUUUGAAGGACAGAGACAACAUGAAUAAGUGGGGGCACUUUGUAAUGCUGAACACGAACAAAAAAAAUCACGACAAGCAGAUGAGGAAGCCGUGUCAUGCUUCUAUGCCGUGUAAGAGCACGACUUUUCGGCAUACUAAAAGGAUUAUCACCACAACUUUUUCUUUUCUGCAACAUCUUUCCAGACCGAGACAUAUUUGCAUUUGAUGACGGACGUAUUUCUGGAGGAGGAAUCGUUGGAGGCCAACGAGCAGAAACCCCCCGAAUACAAGCACGAAGACGACCCGGGGGCCAUCGUGAUUGAUUACGACGUAUGCAUUGAUGCAAUAAAUAGGUCUUGGUCUCCUCGAAAAUUGAAGAACAUUCUUUCAUACUUGUGAUGCGAAUCUUGAAGUCGUUUGACAACUGGGAAAAAUCUGGCUUCCAUGGUCAUGCACUACUGGUUGUACUUAAGUACCACAGUAGAGUAGUAGUGGGGGUUUUAUUGUCUCGAACGACCACAGAAGGGGACGCUUCUCAUGCAAACUAGGUAUGGAGCUGCCUCCGCAAUAAUUUGCCACGGAGGAAAUAAAAUUACAGACCUUCUUACAAAUGCAAAGACUUUUAUUGCUGGAGGACCACAACAAGUGUAGUUUUUGCUCUCUUCAACAUCCAGUCUGAGACCACUCCAUGUUUUCAUUUCAUACAAAGCCCUGGAGAAGGCCCGCGACGAAUGCGACUUGAAAGCCGUCGAGAUGCUGAAUUUGGCCUAUGCCACGAACUCGGUGGACAUGCUGUUCCAGCAAAACAUGAAGGAGAAAGGCGUGAUUCCGAAGAAGCGCAACUAUUUGAGUCUCUCCCUCGGCUUCUCCGCCGACUGCGCGGACCUUGAGGACAUGUUCGUGGAAGAGCAGAAAAACCGGCGGAAACAGAUGAAGGAGGUGCAAAAGGAGAUGAACAUUGGGCCCAGUUUGAACAAGAAAAGCCGACAAAUCGUCAACGGCUUGAUGAUCGACCGGGGGAACGCUCCAGAUGACAACUUUUACAAGCCCCUGAACGAGCAGGACUUCCAAGGCAUCGGGACGCUCGAGGAAAUGAUCAAGAUGAACGGGGCUGCGACUGCUCAGCAGGGGUCCUCGACGUUUGGGGGCUUCGGCGGAGACGGAACCGUGGGUGGAGGGUUCGGUCCUGGUGGCGGUGGUACAGCCGGCGGGGGUUUCGGGUUUCCCGGGGACGAUUCUUUUCUUGGCGGGGGGGACGGCGGAGUAGACAUGAUGUUCACCCAGGAUGGUGGCAUGACCCCCGCCCAGCCGUCGCCGUACGUGGAUGACAUUGUCGGCGAAGACCCGUUUCUCGACGUGGCGCCCGUCCCGGAGUACCUGGAGCAUGAGGACAUCGUCGCGCUGGAGGAAAUACGCAUUGCAAAAGGCUCGCGCAAGUAGUGUAUAGCUAUAGUGGAAUUCGGAUAAUUCCAGGAGAAACGAAACGUCUAGAUGUGAUGGAAGAUGUGCAUCGUUGAGUUUUAUUUGCAGCGCAAUUUAUUGUAUCAUCAUUGUUCAAUCACUGCCUGAAUCACCAUGUGAAAGCGGGCAGAUUUAGAUUUUGCAUUUCAUUUGGAUUUUUUUUUUGCACCAUCGCAAUUGAGUUCAUUGCUGUUAUACGACGAGCGCGACACUUUUUCUCAGGACAGGAAAUCGGCCUCACCGAAGAGGAAAUGUGGAAGAAGGUGAAAGAAGAAGAGCUGGCGAUCGUAAAGGAAGAGUUCAAGGACUUCGCCGGUGGAAAAUUUGAGGGGCAGAACGUGGAGCUGUUGCUCAAGAUGAAGGCCCGACUUGACGAGUUAAAGGAGGAGCGGCUGGAAAAGGAAAGAAAAUACCAGAAGGAGCUCGGGGAGUGGAUGCGUAUUUACUUUCUGAUUCGGCCUAUAAUCUACUUGCAGUACGACCCUUAUAAUCAUGCUCAUAAUUCUUAAGUAUAAGAAGACUAUCCUUGUUCCGCUCUGAUUGCCUAUUUGUUUUUACGUCGCGUACUACAGUCUUGGAAAUCCAUCCUCGAAGAUGCAUUCGCCGUUCUGAUUUUUGUGGUCUUGCCACUCUUGCCGAAGAUGAGACAGAGAAACCAACGAAAAAAAAACUAUCAGGUUACGACACGAAUAACGUAUCAAAUGUAAAAAUGUCUGGGUCUGGAAGAGGAAGGUUGCCAGGUUUGUCAUGCAUAUUUUACAUGACUCAGGAUGUCUGUAAUGCAUGAUCUGGCAUCACAUAUUUUUCGAGGCCUUCUUAAUGCCUAUCCCGCAUGACAAAUGCCCUCCCCGCGUAGCACAAACUGGGCUCCUAUUGCUGGUCAUGCAAUACAGAUUUUUUUACAGUCCAAAGUUAGCAUCAGAAGUUCCAACCUUCCAGACCCAGACAUUUUUACACUUGAUAUAACGGUCUCGAUUACCAUGCCGUCCAUUGGAACGGUCUUCCAGAAUUGUAUGAGCGGGUAGAAUAUCAAAUGCAAAAGUGUCUGGGUCUGGAAGAAUGCAGAUUUUUGUCAUGCUGUUUUUGCAUGACGCAAAAUGUCUGUCAUGGAAGCCCUAGCAUGACAGAUUUCGAGAAGCUUCCGCAUUGCUUAAUCCGCAUGACAAAUCCCCCAUUUUAGGGACAGGAAAUGGGCACCUUUUGCUGCCUAUGCAUGAGAGAUUUGUCUGUGUUGUGAAAUGCGCAUCACAAGUUCGCAUCCUUCCAGACCCAGACACUUUUACAUUUGAUAUAGAAUCGUGGGAAGAUGCGGUUUUAUAUCAAACGGAAAAAAGCUAGCGCAUCUUCACGUAUAUUUUUGCACAAACAUUGGGUUGUGUGUGUGUCACAGAAAUAAAGUAGACUAUUUAUUACAUAGACCACGCACAUAUGGUACGAAAGAUUUGACAUGCUGGCUUUCUUUUACUGGGAUAUUAUACCGAUAUUAGAGGAGGACAAAAAAAAGCCCGAGUUCAACUUUGGGGACUACACGGCGAUUAUGCUAGACGAGUUAGAGCGGCGUAAACGACACGCGCCGGAAAAGAAGGACCACCAUUUUGACGAAGUACUAGUUUUUGCUGCUUCAUCAUCCCAUCCGAUGGAGAUCGAAAAUUUAUUGCACGCGAAUGAUGUCAAAGUAAAUCUAUCUUAUUCCGAUAUUAUCGUUGGAAAUCAGUUUGUAGCCGACAUCGCAAUUUUUUUUUUAUUGCACCAGUAGGCUGAUCAUCAAAUGCACACAGUUCAUCCGCGGCCAACCGCAGUGGGAAGUCGGGCGACAACUCCUUACCUCGCUUGUCCUCUUAUGCAUCGCAAAUGUGUCUGUGUCUGAGUGGUCUGGAAACUACCUGUGAUGCUGAAUCAGUGCGGAUGACUGCAAUACGUCUGAUUGCAACCAGCGAGGAUGGCAAGCUUUCGCUACACUUUCUAUUACUAAGUAAAAAUUGCGUAGUAGUACGCAUUACAAUUUGCUUUCUCUUAUGACCGAGAAAGCUUCGCUCUACUUGCUGGUCUGGCAACACAGAUUUUAAUUUUACGCGGAGACAUCAAGUAAGUAGACACGCAUGAUCAAAAGCGCAACCUUUCCAAACCAAGACACAUUUGCCGAGGAUACCCCGCGAAUCAUGGCAACGUGCAGAUCAAGCCGGAGACCGAGGGUGGCGAAUUCGUCAUGGAAUUGAUUUCGACCACCACAAACGACGAGGCGAUGGCCCACGCGUUUGGCGCAAUCACGGAGAAGGAAGCCAAAGCAAAAGCUGCCUCGGCCGCAGCGGCCGCGAAACCAGGGAAAGCGAAGGCGGGAGGAAAAAACAAGAAAGGAGCUGGUGCCGGGAAGAAAAACAAACAAGCCGAAGAAGAUUUCUUCGACAAUGAUAUGGAGCCCAACGCGGAGGACUAUGAAUUGCAAAAGUAUGAUCGUACCCGUACCAAAAAACCUAUGCUUGACAGAUCUACGCUCUAACUCUAAUAGGACAAUCAGCAUAUACUUCUUGGAAAAAAUUGUCAUGCGUUUUAUACCAGUACGAGGAUCGAUGCUUUUGCAAUGCAUAGGGACGACGGCGCGGCGAAAGACACGUCUUCAGCCGAGGAACCUCUUUUACAACAACCGGGGAGCACAACAUUGAAGGCAGAUGCGAAGAUGAAAAGUAGCAGCAGCUCCUCCGCUAACAGUCGAACAAACAACCAAAAAGGCGGCUUCGGUGCGGGAGCUGCAUCGAGUAGUAGUAGCAGUAGUGGCAAGAACAUGAGUAGCAUUUCUACGAAAGCUGCGAAAGGAGUGAAGCAGGCAGGUGAAAGAAACAAGAAGAAAGACCAGGACAUUGUGGACAAAUUGGACUUGCACGAUCCCGAUUUCGAGGACGGCUUGCUGAAUAAGGACGAAGACGACGACCCUGUCAUUGACGAGGAGGACGAUCUUUUGGCUGACGACAACGUGAAAAAACCGCCCCCCGCGAAGCGACCGGCGGCCGCGGCGGGAAGCAGCGGCGCACCCGCGGCGAAGAUGGCAAAAAAGAAGUAAAUGUGGAAAGAAAAUCACUGGUGAAGGAGAAAAGGAAAAUACUGCUGGAUUCUUGCGAAGGGCAGUGGGAAGUGAUGGAUCUAGGAGCAGCUUGAUCUUCAAAAGAUAGAAGUGAUAAAGAACGUCGAGACUGACGAGAUAAAUAUAUCCACCAAAGACGAACUAAAUAAUCUUCUUUCAUUUUACACUUUCUGAGCAGUCGCAGGAGCAGACAAAGCCUUCUGGCUGCGUCAGCAUCGAACUUGAAGACGUGAUUUUCUUGAAGUACACUUAAUCGCCGAAAUUUACCUGAGUUUAAACUAAUCGCAAAGUUGACGAAAAGUAUCCAUACGAACUACCGACAGUUUGAAGAUAAGAUUUAAAAAAGUUUAGUUCCCGAUAGGAAUUUCAAAUCAAGAAGUAUCAACCUCAUCGAAGAAUAUACUCUGUGCAAGCAAGCGCCUGCAUCGCGCAGUGUGUCGCAGAAGUAUCGACAGCUUUAGAAAUAAAGUGAGUAUCGUCCCGAUACAGGUGAGAAGUCGCAAUGCUUGACUGAAUCUUCCUGCUGAAAGCACUUUUUCUGUUGAACUUACUUUCUCGAUCAGAUUCCGGAUAUAUAAAGUGAAAGAGCACACCGAAAAUUAAUUGCCAGCCUUUGAGCAGCUGGAGGAAGCGCAAGCGUCUCAGUCGUGACCGGCGCAGGAGCUGUUAGUCUUCUAUCGAUCGCAUUGCGUCAUUGGAGAUGCAGUUGCACACCAGCCGCUGUCGAGCGAUUUUGCUGCUGUAGCGGACUUUUCGUUUGGUUUCCGGCAUAUUGAGAGAACUGCGAUGGGUUGGAACUACACACCUGCUGAAUGACGCUACGUCAAAAAAUGCCAAUAUGGAGAUCGUCUGGUUAUUGCUUCCGACCUUGGAUGAAAAUGGAUUUGGUUGUUCUUAUGACAAACCGACUAUGAAAACUCGAGCCCCGGGCUCGGCCUCCACGACCAGAAACAAC